UAUCAAAGUUGAUCAACAAGAGAGCCGAUUGUCAAUUCAUUCUUGAAAACGCUCGCUUCUUUUAAAACAAUUCGUGAAUAAUAUGGAACGUAGAAUAACUUUGUUUUUGCUUACAUUUGCAACGUUUUCAAUUGUCAAUGGAGAAGAACAACCAAUUGGUGGAUGUGGCUUUGGAUACGAAAUGUUGCUAGCAAAGCUGGAAACAAUUGAAGAAAGGCUUAUUGCAUUAGAAGCAAAGCUUGAGAAUGUACCUACACAGAAGGUUGAAGGACCAGAAAAAAAUCGCGCCAUUUCAAAGGAAGAAAGCAUUGUUCGGAGUAAUGAUGGAAUCGUGUUAUCCACCACUGUGUCUACAGUGUCUCUUGUAAAAACCGACCCAACACCCAAGUACCCCAUAGGUAUUGUACCAACCGAAGAAGAGCUUGCUGAUGGGGAAGGCAACAUAUACACCUCUUGCCGAGAGGUCCCAUCACGGGUCAGUGGUAAAUUUCUUAUCAGAAUUUCGGACGAUGCUCAACCGAUGAAUCUGCUCUGUGAAUUGAAUCCACUCGAUGGCGGAUGGAUCGUGGUGCAGAAUCGUUUCAACGGCACAGAAUCGUUCUAUCGCAACUGGAAAGAUUACGAAGCUGGGUUUGGCAAUUUGGAUGGCGAAUUUUGGCUCGGCUUGGAAAGAAUUAGCACCCUGGUAAACAAUGGCCGCGAAUGGGAGAUCAUGUUCUGGUUGAAGAACUUUGCGGGAGUAACACAGUAUUCACAGUUUUCCAAGUUUAUGCUUGGUAAUGCGACAGAACAGUACAUACUGAAGCAGGCUGGACAGUAUUCAGGCAAUGCUGGCGACUCGAUCGGUCGACAUGUGGGCAACAAAUUUACUACCUACGAUCGUGAUAACGAUCCAGCAUCGUACAACUGUGCGAAAAAACAUCGCGGUGGAUGGUGGUAUCACAAUACGUGUAUCACCAGCAAUCUGAACGGUGUGUACGGAUACACAGCGAGUGAACAAUCAAACACUUGGCUAACGAUGAAACCCAUUGGAUACGGUUUGCAAGCGUCGAAAAUCAUGAUAAGGCAACGGCUUUAAAGAACCUAAUUUAUGAGGCAAAG